AUGCCCGCUCGCAUCCUGAAUGGUAACGAGAUCGCCGCCGAACUGCGCGCGGAGGUAGCCGAAGGCGUGGCGCAACUGACCGCGUCUGGCGGCCCGCAACCGGGCCUCGCCGCCGUGCUGGUUGGAGACGAUGCAGCCUCGGCGGUUUACGUCCGCAACAAGGGACGCGCCUGCGCUGAGGCAGGUAUGCACUCCGAGACGUUCCAUCUCCCGGUGGACACUCCGCACGACGUGCUGUUGAGUCUUAUCGACCGACUGAAUGCCGACGACAGAUUCCACGGCAUCCUGGUGCAGCUGCCCUUGCCCGCCCAGAUUGAUGAAGCCACGGCAAUCGAGCGCAUCGCACCGGCCAAGGACGUGGACGGUUUGCACCCCGUGAGCCAGGGCAAAAUGCUACAGGGGGAGCCCACCUAUCUGCCCUGCACGCCGUCGGGCGUCCAGCAGGUGUUGCUGCGGUCGGGAUACGACCCGGCGGGCCAGCAUGUGGUAAUCGUCGGGCGUAGUAACAUCGUAGGCAAGCCGUUGGCGGCGUUGCUCAUGCAACGGUCCAUUGGCGGCAACGCCACCGUAACAGUUUGCCACACUCGCACCCGAAACCUGUCCGACAUCACCCGCCAGGCCGACAUUCUGGUGGCCGCGAUGGGGGUGCCCGGCGCGAUAACCGCGGACAUGGUGCGCGACGGCGCGGUGGUAAUCGACGUUGGCAUCAAUCGGGUUGACGACCGGCUGGUGGGCGAUGUUGACUUUGACGCGGUGGCCGCCAAGUCAGAAGCAAUUACGCCCGUCCCCGGCGGCAUUGGCCCCAUGACCAUCGCCAUGCUGCUUAGCAACACGCUGGAUGCCGCCCGUCGUUACUCCUCAAAAUAG